AAUAAAUUACAUUGAAAAAUAAUGUCAAUUUUUAUCUGUUCUUUGUUCGUUUACGGUAGCUAUUCAAUUUGAGAUAACCCUUCAAAAAGACUUCAAUAUUUGACUUAAGCAGUCACCGUGGUGGUGUUCGUAGAAAUGUCUGCCGAACAGUGCUGUGUAUUUCAUGGUAAAAGUUCCAAAUUAAAAGCUAUUGUUAAAUUAUUUUACUUAUAGUGAACUCAUCUUAUUAUCGUCCUGGACACAAUGUCAUCUGAAAGGAUGGAGUGGAUAGAGAUAAUCGAGCCUCGGACGAAGGAGCACAUGUAUGCCAACCUAACCACCGGAGAAUGUGUCUGGGAUGCACCGAUCGGUGUACCUGUGAAAAAGACGGACAACAACCAGUGGUGGGAGCUGUUCGACCAAAACACGUCCCGCUUCUACUACUACAACGCGACGUCGCAGAAGACGGUGUGGCAUCGGCCGACCAACUGCGACAUCAUCCCUCUGGCCAAGCUGCAGACGCUCAAGCAGAACACUGAGCCACUCGACUCGGCCACACAGGCCACGCAAACGCCCACCGCCCCUAAUGCUAAGGAUGUGAGUGGUGGCACAGAGUGUGUACCUUCGUCGCCGAUUUCGACACACAGUCUGGGCAGUAGUAGGGGUGGCGGGGGCGGAAGCAGUGGCAAGGCUGCCAAGGCGGGUGGAGUGCAACGGCUGGCCACCAGUGAGACACAGACGUCGCCGCUCUCCUCGCCACGGCCCACCCGGCGCUCGCAUCACCAUCACCAUCAUCAUCAUCACAAACAUCAGCAAGAGCAGAAUCAGCAGCAGUCAUCACAGCAGCAGCAGCCAAAACAGCAGCAGAAAUCAGCAAGUCAACAGGCCAAGGAUGAGAAGGCGCGGAGUCAGAGUAUGGAAGGAGAACUGGGCAGACCUAGGAGAGGCAGUCAAGGGUCAUGGUACUCUCACACCGCUCGCAACCAGGAUAGCCACACGAGCGACUCGGGCUGCGUGUCAAUGAGCCGCACCUCGCUAGAUUCGCCCAAUCACGGCCAACUGCCUAACUUAGCUCAGCCCACCGGUCAGGCGGCGACCAAUCACAGCACUUUGUCCUCCACUUCGACCAAUCACAGCACGCUGUCCACCUCCACCUCCACCCCGCAGCUAAAGAAGAAGCCACUGUCCGACGCUAACCACCAGAUGGCUCCGGUUACUGGCACGCAAGCUACUGGCUUGCCGGCUGGCAAGGGUGGGGCGGCAGUGCUUGUGCAUAGGAGUGCAUCGAAUGCGUCUGCGCAUCACCCCGCACCUCCAUCCAAGCAGAAGAGUUUUGAUGUGGAUAUCAGUGUAGGAGGGGGCUACAGCCUGGGUCACGAGAACCGCAGCAGUGGCGGGGGUGGUGGGGCGGGAGGGAGAGCGGGGGGUCGCUCCUUGCUGCCCUCCUCUCUCUCCAACAAUCAGCUGUCUCUGUCGCGCAGUCAGAGCUUUGCUCAGCGCACUGCAGCUCAACAACAGGCACAACAACAAGCGGCACAACAACAGCAGAACAACACCAGCCAACAACAGCCGGCGGUUGGCGAACAGGCUGCCUCCACGAUGCCUUUGACGUCGACCCUGUCCUUGGACCAGGAGGAGGAGGACUCGAUGCACGAGAAGUACUUUGCAGUGGGCGGCCAUCUUGCCGCGUCGUCGACCGGCCGGCGCUCCGUCGAGUCCACGCCGCAGCCACGCCGCAAGCACCAUCACCACCACCAUCAUCAUCACCAUCAUCACAGAUGUCCGAAACUGAGUCCCGACUAUGCAAACCUGGUCCCCCCACCCCCCACACGAUCGUCAUCCUCGAACUCAUCUACCCUGGCGCCGCGGGAUGGAGGAGGAGGAAGCAGGGAGGGGAGGAGAGGCCCGGGAAGUGGUGGGGGAAGCAGCAGCGGGAGAGAGCAGCGAGCUAUCAGCAAAGCUGGGAGUCGGGAUGACGGCUUGUCGAGCAGUGAGAACGAACCUCCAGCAGAUGAUGAUGACGUCAGCUCCAGUUUGUCUUCCUCUCCUCCAGUGACCACCAAUCCACCUGCGUCCCAUCCGCCGUUACCACUUCCACUUCCCCUCCCCCUCGACAACGAGUCAGGUGCAGUUGUAUCGAAGAGGAUAGCGAAUCAUCACCAGCAGAAGAGUGUACCAGCUUCAUCACCCAUUUACUCCAAUCAGCCUUCUUUCAUCCCAGAUUCUCACAUAUUACCAUUGCAGCAGUACAUUCUGGAGCAGGCCAAACUAUCAGGUUGCUACAGGUUCGGCGACAGUCUCGCUGAGGAGGCAGACAGCUCACUGCAGUCUGAUGAGGAGGACGGAGGAGGCACCAAUGGUGGAGGAGGGGGAAGAGGAGGCGGUGGAGGAGGCAGAGGAGGAGGUGGCCUGGAGUAUGACAGUGAUGAGUUUGCCGAUGACGAAGCGAUGUCCAACCAGGAUGACAGCAGUUCACAGGAGUAUCUGCACGACGAGCCUUCCUAUCUGGAUCAGAUCGAAGAGCACUACUCACAGGCCCAGGCGCGGUUGACCUAUAUACCAGAUGGCAGAGUAAGCGAUUAUGUGGUUGAUUCUCUAGAGUCUCGGAUGGCGGCCUCCAGUGGAUACAACAGCAACCUCGCUUCGCUCACCUCUCACCACCGCACCAACAACCAUCUGCCACCCACUCCAGGUUCUCACUGUCUGGGCAGCUCAACGGUUCCAUUAGAAACUCAGCAUGCUUCGCUGAAGCGGAAAAAAGAUCCACCAGCUAUUCCGCCAGUCCUCUAUUCACCCAUCAUGGAAAGGGCCGAGAGGUUUCUGGGGUUGUCUUCUCGUCGUACUACUCCGUCCCCUCCCCUCAUCUAUCGAACUCCCUCCAAUCCCCACUCUCUCCCCUCUUCCCCUUCACCAAUGUCAGCCACUGUUCAAUUAGAUCAGCUUUCGCGCGUUGUACUGAACAGAGAGAAGAAGCUGCCGUCGGAGAGUGACAUCGAGAAAUACGCUCAGGACAAUCUCAACAUCCAUAAAAAGGGCAUUUUUAGGAAAAAGUUCUCAGUCAGAGAUAUGCUGUCAUGGUCUAAGGAUCCAAUCCGCAAACCAAUGCUGGUACACCUGGACAAAGCGCUGAAGAAGGACGCAACUGAGCUGUUCAAAUUGGUGCAGACCUACAUGAGUGACCGCAAGGCCAAGGUGGGCAUGACCUUGAACUCGGUUGCCCUUGAGAUCUGCUCCUACGGCUACGCCAAGCCCGCGCUUCGCGACGAGAUCUACAUUCAAAUUUGCCGCCAAACCACGGAGAAUCCACGGCGUGAGAGUUUGCGGCGCGGCUGGGAGCUGUUGGCGAUCUGUUUGUCGUUCUUUCCGCCGUCGCCCAAGUUUCAGGCGUAUUUGGACGGGUACAUGAAUAGGCAUCGAGAUCCGAGCUUUGACUUCCCAGAGAUCGGAAAGUGGCCUAUACACGUGCAGGUGAGCCACUAUGCAAGUGUGUCAUGCAAGCGGCUGGAGCGGGGAGGAGUGGGUGGAAAGCGGCCACCUCGCAAACCGACGCUGGACGAGAUCGAUCAGGCCAGGAUUCAGAUCUUCAGACCGAGCAUGUUUGGUUCUACGCUGGAGGAGGUGAUGGCGAUGCAACGGGAGAGGUUUCCGCACUGCAAGCUGCCCUGGAUUCAGACCACUCUGUCCGAGGAGGUGUUGAGGCUGCAGGGGGCUCAGACCGAGGGCAUUUUCAGGGUGUCAGCUGAUGUGGACGAGGUAGUGAGCCUGAAGCAGGCAGUGGACCGGUGGGAGCGACCGACCGAAUGCACCGACGCACAUACACCCGCAUCCCUGUUGAAGCUGUGGUACCGUGAGCUGUACGAGCCUCUCAUCCCCGACUCGGUCUAUGCCGACUGCAUCCAGUUCCACGAUGACCCCCAGCGGGUGCUGCUCAUCGUCGAAACACUGCCCGAGAUCAACCGACUGGUUUUGUCCUAUCUGGUGCGGUUUCUACAGAUUUUCGCGCGGCCGGACGUGGUGGCUCAAACGAAGAUGGACGCCUCUAAUCUGGCAAUGGUGAUGGCUCCUAACUGCCUGCGCUGCACGUCGCACGAUCCACGUGUCAUAUUCGACAAUGCGCGCAAAGAGAUGGCUUUCAUGCACACACUCAUUCAGUGCCUCGACACCUCUUUCAUGGACAACAUGAAGAGGAUACACGAAAGGGAUUAACGAGAACUGGAGGAAGCAAAUGAGAAGAUUAGGACGAAGUUGGGACGCAGCCAACGUGCAAAUCACGUCACGUCACGAGUCAUUUGAUACCAAAGCAAAUAGUUUCUAUUUAUUUACUAUGUAAACAAUUAUUGUUAAUAUAGUAGUUAAGAGGUUAGCCUAAUACUAGUUGAGAGUGAGAGUACUUGGUACUGCCUAAUCGAGUAUAAAUGUAAGCGCUUAUGUAUAUAGUAUAAGCUCAGGUAUGAGUGAUAUCUGUUUUAUGUAUGCUUUUUGUAUACAUACUUUUACAAGCUUAGCGUGGGAGUGUGAUAAAAACAUUGCAUAACUAUUUACAUCCAUGUAAAUAUUAUAGGCAGCUUUCAAUUCUAUCAAAUAGUUCAAGAUUUGUAGUUUUGAACUUACAAUUCAGUACAAUCCAUUCAUAAAUCCUAAAGUUAUUUGUUUCAAAUAUUACUUCAUGAUUUGUAAGUUUCUAACUAGAAUUUAUAACGUAGUCUUGUUAGGUCCCGAAAAAACUACUGUAGAUGAUUUUCUACAAAAAUCUAUUGAUUCGAAUUCAAAAUAUAGUAAUUCGAAUUUACAAUUUUUCAUUAGCCCAUUGUUUUUUGAAAUAUUUGAUUAUAAUUUCUAAUUGGAGUUUACAAUGUUUGUUUGUAUCUGAGAAACAUUCUGCAAAUCAUUUUUCACUGAAAAUGAUGUGUUUAAUUUGUAUUUUGUUACAAAAAUUUUUGUUUUAAUAUUUGAGUGGAAAGCCGAAGAUUUCCAGCUUAAAGUUGAAUUGGCACAUACAUUUCCCAAAUAUUUUGAUAAUUUAAUUUAUUCCUUCUGAUUCAUUUUCUCUGUAUUUUAGUUACAGAUCCAAGUUUUUCUUAAGAGGUUCUUUUGAAAUCUCAAAUUCUUGAAUAUCAAUUACAUGAUCUGAAUUCACCAUCUCAUAAUGUCAGUUACAUGAUCUGAAUUCACCAUCUCAUAAUGUCAGUUGAAAGAAAAUUAUUGAAAACAAGAUGGUAAAUAUUUAUCGAGGUAACGCCCGAUUAUUUCCUAUCAAUUUCCUCAUAAUUUUGAUAUUUUUAUAAUUUUGUUUAUAAUACCUGUCAAGGUUUAUUUCAUCGUUAAUAUUAAAAACAGUCGGAAGAUCAAUACAGUAAUUGACCUAAACAUGCAAUAAAAUCUAAAAGAAAAUGAAAAGUGAAGUUUUCUCAAUAAUAUCAUCAAAAUAUGUUGAAAAGACUUAUAUUCUCAUUUCACAUUGGUAAUAUCUCUGCCCAACUUGCCAAAAAUUACAAAUUGUUUGUGUUCAGUGUAAGAGUAUUUUUAUGUGAACUAUUUUCUGAAAAUCAUCUUUCUCAAUUGAUAGCUGAUUUUCCAAUCAGAAAGGAGUGUGAAUUUUCACUUUAUUAAUGACAUAUUGAAUUCUCUGUGAUGUUUGACAUACAGAAUGUUCAUAAAUCCAUGUUUUUCAAGUUGAAUAGCAUCUGUAUUUCCAUUUCAAAAGUUGAAGAUUGAUAAUUUCUGUAUUUGCAAAAUAUUCUAAGUUGAUUUUCCUUGCUCACUGCUACAAAUAUCAGUCAACUUCUACCAAUUAUUAUUAUUUAUGCAUGAUAUUUGGAGCAUUAAUUUUGUAUUCUUUGAGAAAUGUGGUGAGAAUAAUUCACAAAAUUGAAUGAAUUGUCGAAUUUCUGAAUUUCAUUUUCUUGCCUACAAGAAUGUGUUUAGAGUUUUCCUUUUCUCCGAAUUGAUAAGGCUUGAUCAUAUAAUAUAUUUAUUACAAAACUCUUGAAAACCUAUCGAAAAACUUGUAUUUCCUAUCUUCAAUCAAACUACUAAUAAAAUUGUUAUUCAUAGGUAGUUGUAUAUUUGUAAAAUUUCCUAUACUAGAAACUCCAAUACCAAUAUCAAACAUGAUUCUCAAUAAUAGUUGAAGAAAGUGGUAGACUUGU